GGUUGCCUAUAACACCAUUGAUUAAAUCGCAACACAUUAAUCAUAAUAAGCCAUCGGGGCCGCUGUUUUGAUCCAUAUUCAGAUGAUCUGCGGUCGCGCGCAGUGGCCUCCAUCGGUAUCAUGGAAUCUGUAGAGGCACUCAGCGGUGUUGAUACCUUCCAAUACAUCGGUAUACAAGUGUUGGUUGAACUUAGUACCGGUGAACAAAUUAGAGGGGAGCUCUACUCUGUCGAUCUGCAACGAAGUGACAUACUCAUCAUUCGUGGAGGAUUCAGUAUUGAAGGCGAAGUGCUCUACCUAAUAGCAGCACAAGCCGUCGUGGGAUUUAAACCGCUAGAACCUAUCAACGAAAGCAUUGAAGAAAUACAAAGGGUACCCUACGAGGAAUUGCUUGAAGCAAAAAAUGCCCUAGAAUUUAUUGAAGACGAUAUACAAAGCAUGAAAACACCAGAAAGCCCAAUCCAUACGGCAUUUAAUAAACGAUGGCCUGUGCGCCCACGCCCACAAAACAUUGUUGUCAGCAGCAGCGAGGAAACGAUUUCCCAUGGUGAAAGUAACCAUUGGAAUGCCAACUGAUUCACAGCAUCCUCAAAUAUAACGAAG